ACUAGAGUCAACUACACACCUCGUGCUUGAUAGUGAGUUGUGAGAGAAACCAUGCCAAGCUCAUUCAUGGUUAAGCGCAACUAUGCGCAUUGCCCGCUCAAGAAACGGCCUUUGGCCCUAUACAACGAACCAGCCACGUCUCCCCCGGAGCAGGAUCAACCCGAGGAUCUUAGUGUGAAACGGCCCCGCCUGGAGUCUCCUGCAGAAGCGUCCACAGUGUGCCCACCUGCCACAGCCCCUCUGUGGCCUUCCUCCCCCUCCCUACCCACCACCGCAGUGCCCACAGUGCUCCACACAGUGCCUCGCCACACACCUUCGUCACCCCCUGCAGCUCGUGUGGCCGAGAGUCUACCCUCUUUGGCCGAGUACUACCUCCAGCUCUUCAAGUCUACCUCGGACGUUGUGGAGCCCCGGCGGGUGGAGACUCGGCCCUCUCUGCCCCAGUGGACGACGCCCUACCUGCCGCCCUCACCCCAGGCCUCGCCUGUUACCUCAGAACAUCUGGCAGUCAGUCCUGUGCCAUUCCACUGCUAUCCAGACACCUCCGCCCUCAUCUCCCCUGUCUCCACCUGCUCUUCCACCGCCUCAGAGUCCGAAGACGACGUGGGAGUUCCCAGGCAGCGACGAGAGGCACGUUACUCCUGCAGUGACUGUAGCAAGUCGUACUCCACGUACUCUGGGCUGAGCAAGCACAAGCAGUUCCACUGUGCAGCUCUGGGCGCCAAGUCGUUCGCGUGCAAACACUGCGACAAAGUGUACACAAGUCUGGGUGCCCUCAAGAUGCACAUCCGCACCCACACAUUGCCUUGCAAGUGUCAGCUCUGUGGCAAGGCCUUCUCGCGGCCCUGGCUGCUGCAGGGCCACAUCAGGACCCACACCGGUGAGAAGCCUUUCCAGUGUUCGCAAUGUGACCGCUGCUUCGCUGACCGCAGCAACCUGCGGGCACACCUCCAGACUCACGCUGAUGUCAAGAAGUACGCGUGUGUCACCUGCCAUAAGACCUUCUCCAGGAUGUCCCUCCUUAACAAGCAUACCGAGGCCGCCUGCCCCGCCAGACCCCACCAUCAGGAACAGCCCCAGGAACAGCCCCCAGAGGCCGACCAGUAGCAGCUGUCACCUUCCUCCCCCAGAUUCUCUUGAAGUUGCCCCGCGGCGCGGGGCGGCCUAGUCCCCAGCUAGUCAGCGUGCUCACCACCCUGUUGUGUUCCUAUGAUGGUCACUAGUCUAGAUAAUAAGCCAUAUUCGUCCCUCGGGACCACCAAGCCAAAGAGAUUAUGUAUUACUACUACUUUUUAUACUGUAAUAAAAUAUAUUUGAAUUUAA